GUGGGCUACAAAAAGAGCAGGGACACUGGUGUUGGUGCAGUUUACUGGAGCCUACUGAGAGACCUGAGCUGGUGAGUACGGUACAGUACGUUCGUCAUGGAGUCUGCCAUUAACGUGCUGGUGUCGAAGUUCAAGGUGUACGCCGGCUCUGAGGGUUCGUCUGACACUCUGAGCAGAGACGAGUUCUACAAACUGGUCAAAGCAGAACUUUCCAACUUUGUAACGGACUCUGCAGAUCCUGCUGUUGUUGACCAACUCAUGAGAUCAUUGGACAAGAACAAUGAUGGAGAGCUCAACUUCCUGGAGUUCUGGCAGCUGAUUGGACAUCUCGCGAGCAAGCAUGGGGGCUUCAGCCAAUAGUGUGUCCUCACACACCCUGUUGCACUUGUACGUGUCUUACUGACUUGUCUGUGUGCCAUAAACUAAGGGAAGUCUGCCAAAUGGAAAACACCCUAAAGUUUGUUUUAACUGUCUUUUUUUUAUCAGUGUUCUCCCUUCUUGUCUUGCUGAUAAAAUGGUGAACUGUCACAGUAUACUGCUGAGCAAUUUCACAUGUUUGGAAACAUGGUGCAGGUCGUUGGUCACAGUCAAAUACUUGUCCUCACAGGUCUCCGAGGCUGCUGUGAACGAGACCGUGGGUGUCAGCACUGAGAAAAUAAAACAAAGUAAGAACACAAACUUUGGGGUGUAUAAAUUACGUGGGCCAAAGUUUGCAUUUUAAUCACUAAAACACGACAAGACAUGUUUUCAAGGCGUUUCCAACAGAAUUUCAGUUGUUACUUUUUAAAUGAUCAGGUUUGUCCGACCUUAAAAAAUGGAAAGGUCACGUUUUUUUAAACUAAAUUUGACUAGAAAUGUAAAAAAAAAAGUGAUUAAAACUUUGCAACAGAUGUUAAUCUA